GUUCUGUGGCUGGGGAAGAAGCGAGAAUCCAAGUCCAGAAAUCGAGAGAGAUGGUCGUUCCGCCACCGCCACCACCCUUCCAGCAAGGAGGGUCGCAUGUGAUUCCACCGCCUCCGGGAGGGCACUUCCCGCCACCACCACUUCCAGCAUCGUCGGCCUCUGUCGCACCGCCGCCCCCGCCACCACUCACGAAGAUUCCCAUCGAACAUGUCCCUCAAGAGGAACAAGACGUUGUGCCGCCGCUGUCUUCGUACGACAACGAUGCGCACACGUACUUUCUCGAGAUUGAGGAACGCAGUAAACGCUGGGCCAAGCGCCAAACGAAGCGAUAUGGCGACAAGCGAAAGUUUGGGUUUGUUGAAAGCACCAAGGACGACAUGCCUGCCGAGCACGUGCGUAAGAUCGUGCGCGACCAUGGGGACAUGAGCAGCAAGAAGUUCCGCCACGACAAGCGUGUGUAUCUUGGUGCGCUCAAGUAUGUCCCUCAUGCCGUGUACAAACUGCUCGAAAACAUGCCGAUGCCGUGGGAGCAAGUGCGCGAAGUCAAGGUGUUGUACCACAUCACGGGCGCCAUCACGUUUGUGAACGACAUCCCGUGGGUCGUGGAGCCCGUGUACAUUGCGCAAUGGGGCACGAUGUGGAUCAUGAUGCGUCGCGAGAAGCGCGACCGUCGGCACUUCAAGCGCAUGCGGUUCCCGCCUUUUGACGACGAAGAACCUCCUUUGGACUAUGGCGACAACAUCUUGGACGUGGAGCCGUCCGAGGCGAUCAACAUGGAGCUGGACGAGGACGACGACGCGCCGGUGAUCGAGUGGCUGUACGACGCCAAGCCGCUGCUUGGCACCAAGUUCAUCAACGGCCCGAGCUACCGCAAGUGGAAGCUGCCGGUGCCGGUCAUGUCGAAUCUCCACCGGUUGGCAGGUCAACUGCUCAGCGACUUGAUCGACCCGAACUACCAGUACUUGUUCGACAAGGAAUCGUUCUUCACGGCUAAAGCGCUCAACGUGGCCAUCCCCGGCGGCCCCAAGUUCGAGCCGCUCUACCGCGACUUGGACCAAGACGACGAGGACUGGAACGAGUUCAACGACAUCAACAAGAUCAUCAUCCGACACCAGAUCCGCACCGAGUAUCGGGUGGCAUUUCCGUACCUGUACAACAGCCGGCCGCGAUCCGUGCACAUUCAGCCGUACCAUGUGCCGGCGCUGUGCUACGUCAAAGCAGAAGACCCCGACUUGCCUGCGUUUUACUUUGAUCCGAUCGUGAACCCAAUCUCACAAUUCCGCGUCGCCGCGGCCUCCCGCGCCACAUUGACCGAACAAGAUGAUGAAGAAGAAGAAGCCUUCCAAAUGCCCAUGGGGUUUGCGCCCAUCUUGACCGACCUCCCUCUGUAUACAGACCACACGGCGAGCGGCAUCGCAUUGUACUGGGCGCCGCGGCCGUUCAAUCUGCGCAUGGGCAAGACGCGGCGCGCCGUGGACGUCCCCCUCGUCAACAAGUGGUUCCAGGAGCAUUGCCCCCCCAACCAACCCGUCAAAGUGCGCGUGAGCUAUCAAAAGCUGCUCAAGUGCUGGGUCCUGAACCACCUGCACUCUCGACCGCCGAAAGCACUCAACAAAAAGUACCUGUUCAAGUCGCUCAAGUCGACCAAGUUUUUCCAAAGCACCGAGCUCGACUGGGUCGAAGCUGGGCUACAAGUGUGUCGACAAGGCUACAACAUGCUCAACCUGCUUAUCCACCGCAAGAACCUCAACUACCUCCACUUGGACUACAACUUUAACCUCAAGCCCAUCAAGACUUUGACGACGAAGGAGCGCAAAAAGUCGCGAUUUGGCAAUGCGUUUCACUUGACCCGGGAAAUCCUCCGACUUACAAAGCUGCUCGUGGAUGCGCAUGUACAGUACCGGCUCGGCAACGUGGAUGCAUUCCAGCUCGCGGAUGGGCUCCAGUAUAUCUUUGCACAUGUGGGGCAGCUUACGGGGAUGUACCGGUACAAGUAUCGGCUCAUGCGCCAAGUCCGCAUGUGCAAGGACCUGAAGCACUUGAUUUACUACCGGUUCAACACGGGUCCUGUGGGCAAAGGGCCGGGCUGCGGGUUCUGGGCGCCAGCGUGGCGCGUAUGGCUCUUCUUCUUGCGGGGAAUCGUGCCGCUGCUGGAGCGAUGGCUGGGCAACUUGCUCGCGCGGCAGUUUGAAGGGCGCCACUCCAAGGGGAUCGCCAAGACCGUGACGAAACAGCGCGUAGAAUCGCAUUUCGACUUGGAGCUGCGCGCCGCCGUCAUGCACGACAUCCUGGACAUGAUGCCUGAAGGCGUGAAGGCCAACAAGAGCCGCACGAUCCUCCAACACUUGAGCGAAGCAUGGCGGUGCUGGAAGGCGAACAUCCCGUGGAAGGUGCCGGGGCUGCCGUCGCCCAUCGAAAACAUGAUCCUGCGCUACGUCAAGUCCAAAGCCGACUGGUGGACCAACGUGGCUCACUACAACCGCGAACGCAUCAAGCGCGGCGCUACCGUGGACAAGACUGUAUGCAAGAAGAACCUGGGGCGGCUCACCCGGCUGUGGCUCAAGGCGGAGCAGGAGCGCCAGCACAACUACCUCAAGGACGGACCGUACGUGUCGGCAGAGGAAGCCGUCGCGGUGUACACGACCACAGUGCAUUGGCUGGAAAGCCGCAAGUUCGCGCCGAUUCCAUUCCCGCCGCUCUCGUACAAGCACGACACGAAGCUGCUGAUCCUAGCGCUGGAAAGACUCAAGGAAAACUACUCGGCCAACAACCGGCUAAACCAAUCGCAGCGCGAAGAGCUGGGGCUCAUCGAGCAAGCGUACGACAACCCGCACGAAGCCCUGAGCCGAAUCAAGCGGCACCUGCUCACCCAGCGCGCGUUCAAAGAGAUGUCGAUCGAGUUUAUGGACUUGUACUCGCAUUUGAUCCCAGUGUACGAGAUUGAACCCCUGGAGAAGAUCACAGACGCCUACUUGGACCAGUAUCUGUGGUACGAAGCCGACAAGCGGCAUCUGUUUCCAAGCUGGAUCAAGCCAAGCGACGCCGAACCGCCGCCGCUGUUGGUGUACAAGUGGUGCCAAGGUAUCAACAACCUGCACAAUGUAUGGGCGUGCGACGCUGGCGAGUGUGUCGUGAUGCUUGAAACCAAGCUCGAAAAGGUAGCUGAGAAGAUGGAUUUGACGCUGCUGAACCGGCUACUACGCCUCGUCCUGGACCACAAUAUGGCCGACUAUAUGACGGCCAAGAACAACAUUGUGCUCGCGUACAAGGACAUGAUGCACACGAAUUCGUACGGGCUUAUCCGCGGCCUUCAGUUUGGUUCGUUCAUCUACCAGUACUAUGGCUUGGUACUGGAUUUACUGCUACUGGGGCUUACACGGGCGUCCGAGAUUGCUGGCCCACCCCAUUUUCCCAAUGAGUACCUGACGUUCAAAGACACGGAGACCGAGACCCAUCACCCGAUCCGCAUGUAUACGCGAUACAUCGACCGGCUGUACGUGGUGUACAAGUUCGACGCGGCCGACUCGCGCGAGCUCAUCCAGCGGUACCUGACCGAGCACCCCGACCCGAACAACGAAAACAUUGUCGGGUACAACAACAAGAAGUGCUGGCCCCGCGAUGCGCGCAUGCGGCUCAUGAAGCAUGAUGUGAACCUGGGGCGCGCGACCUUUUGGGAUAUGCAGAACCGCCUGCCCCGCUCCAUCACGACGUUGGACUGGGACCAUAGCUUUGUGUCAGUGUACUCGAAGGACAACCCGAACUUGCUCUUCAACAUGUGCGGGUUCGAAGUGCGCGUGUUGCCGCGCGUCCGAGCCCUCGAAGAUGAGUUUGCCCACAAGGAUGGAGUGUGGAACCUCCAGAACGACCUGACCAAGGAACGCACGGCGCAAGCGUACCUCCGGGUGGACGAGGACGCGAUCAAAACGUUUGAGAACCGCGUGCGGUCGAUUCUCAUGUCGAGCGGCAGCACCACGUUCACCAAAGUCGCCAACAAGUGGAACGCGGCGCUCAUCGGACUCAUGACGUACUACCGCGAGAGCGUCGUGCAGACCCAGGAACUGCUGGAUCUGCUCGUCAAGUGCGAAAACAAGAUUCAAACGCGCAUCAAGAUUGGGCUCAACUCGAAGAUGCCGUCGCGAUUCCCGCCUGUGGUGUUUUACACGCCCAAGGAACUAGGCGGACUCGGCAUGCUUAGCAUGGGCCACGUGCUGAUUCCGCAGUCCGACAUGCGAUAUACCAAGCAGACUGAAGGCGGCAUCACGCACUUUCGCAGCGGCAUGAGUCACGAAGAAGACCAGCUCAUUCCCAACUUGUUUCGGUAUUUGCAGCCGUGGGAGUCUGAAUUUAUCGAUUCUCAGCGUGUUUGGGCCGAGUACGCGUUGAAGCGGCAAGAGGCGAGCGUGCAGAACCGUCGGCUGACGCUGGAAGACUUGGAGGACUCGUGGGAUCGCGGCAUUCCUCGCAUCAACACGCUGUUCCAGAAGGACCGGCACACGCUCGCGUAUGACAAGGGGUGGCGCGUCCGCACCGACUUCAAAAAGUACCAAGUGCUGCGGCAGAAUCCGUUCUGGUGGACGCAUACGCGGCACGACGGCAAGCUGUGGAACCUCAACAACUACCGCACGGAUAUGAUUCAAGCGCUGGGGGGGGUCGAAGGCAUCCUCGAGCAUACACUAUUCAAGGGCACGUACUUCCCGACGUGGGAAGGGCUAUUUUGGGAGAAAGCGUCGGGAUUUGAAGAGUCUAUGAAGUACAAGAAGCUCACAAACGCGCAGCGAUCGGGGCUAAAUCAGAUCCCGAACCGGCGGUUUACACUGUGGUGGUCGCCCACGAUAAACCGCGCCAACGUGUACGUGGGUUUCCAGGUCCAGCUCGACUUGACUGGGAUCUUCAUGCACGGCAAGAUCCCGACGCUCAAGAUCUCGCUGAUCCAGAUCUUCCGGGCCCAUCUAUGGCAAAAGAUCCACGAGUCGCUUGUGAUGGAUUUGUGCCAAGUGUUUGACCAAGAGCUGGACGCAUUGUCGAUUGAAAACGUCCAGAAAGAAACCAUCCAUCCCCGCAAAUCGUACAAGAUGAACUCGAGCUGCGCCGACAUUUUGCUGUUUGCGUCAUACAAGUGGCAAAUGGGCCGGCCGUCGCUGCUCCACGAUAUCAAGGACAGUGUCGCAGAUGGAGGCGCUACGUCCACCAAGUACUGGAUCGACGUGCAGCUGCGAUGGGGGGAUUUUGACUCGCAUGACAUUGAGCGGUACGCGCGCGCCAAGUUUCUCGACUACACGACCGACAACAUGACCAUCUACCCGUCGCCUACGGGGGUGCUACUUGCCAUCGACUUGGCCUACAACUUGUACAGCGGGUACGGCAACUGGUUUACCGGGUGCAAGCCGCUCAUGCAGCAAGCUAUGGCCAAGAUCAUGAAGGCAAACCCGGCCAUGUAUGUCCUCCGUGAGCGAAUUCGCAAGGGGCUGCAGCUGUACUCGUCCGAGCCCACCGAGCCGUACCUGUCUAGCCAAAACUAUGGCGAGCUCUUCUCAAACCAGAUCAUUUGGUUUGUGGACGACACCAACGUGUACCGAGUCACGAUUCACAAGACAUUUGAAGGCAACUUGACGACAAAGCCGAUCAACGGCGCCAUCUUCAUCUUCAACCCGCGCACGGGGCAGCUAUUCCUCAAGAUCAUCCACACGUCUGUGUGGGCAGGGCAAAAGCGGCUGGGGCAGCUGGCGAAAUGGAAGACAGCCGAGGAAGUAGCGGCGCUGAUUCGGUCGUUGCCGGUGGAAGAGCAGCCCAAGCAGAUCAUUGUGACCCGCAAGGGGAUGCUCGACCCGCUCGAAGUGCAUUUGCUCGACUUCCCCAACAUUGUGAUCAAGGGCUCGGAGCUGCAGCUGCCGUUUCAAGCGUGCCUCAAAGUCGAAAAGUUUGGCGACCUCAUCCUUCGCGCGAUCGAGCCGCAGAUGGUGCUCUUCAAUAUAUAUGACGACUGGCUGAGUACGAUCACGAGCUACACUGCGUUUUCCCGGCUCAUUUUGAUCCUUCGGGCCCUCCACGUGAGCCAAGACCGGACCAAGCUGCUGCUGCGGCCAGAUGCGACGACGAUCACGCAGGACCACCACAUUUGGCCGUCGCUGUCAGACGAGGCGUGGCUCCAGCUCGAAGUGUCGCUCAAAGACUUGAUUCUCAACGAUUAUGGCAAGAAGAACAAUGUGAACGUGGCCAGCUUGACGCAGAGCGAGAUCCGCGACAUCAUUCUCGGCAUGGAGAUCUCGGCGCCUUCGCUCCAGCGGCAGCAGAUGGCCGAGAUCGAGUCGCAGGCCCGCGAACAGUCGCAGCUCACGGCCGUGACGACCAAGACCGUCAACGUUCACGGGGAUGAGAUGGUGAUCACCACCACAUCGCAGUAUGAACAGCACUCGUUCGCAUCGAAAACUGACUGGCGAGUCCGCGCCAUCUCGGCGACCAACCUGCACCUGCGCACGAAUCACAUUUACGUCAACUCGGACGAUAUCAAGGAGACUGGGCUCACGUACGUCCUACCCAAGAACGUUCUGAACAAGUUUAUCACGAUCUCGGACCUGCGCACGCAAAUCGCGGGCUUGCUGUAUGGUGUAAGUCCCCCCGACAACCCCCAUGUCAAGGAGAUUCGGUGCAUUGUGUUGCCGCCGCAACUGGGGACCCAUCAGAACGUGACGCUGCCAACGACCGCGCCAUCGCACGAGUACUUGGACACGAUGGAGUGCCUCGGGUGGAUCCACACGCAGCCCAAUGAAACCCCCGUGUUGCCGCCCCAAGAUGUGACACUGCACUCGAAACUUCUCGCGGAAAAUGCCUCGUGGGAUGGCGAAAAGACUAUAGCUAUUACGUGCAGCUUCACGCCUGGAUCGUGCUCGCUCACGGCGUACAAGCUGACGCCUGCCGGGUACGACUGGGGCAAAACGAACCGAGACACGGGCCCGAGUCCGUCGGGGUACGCGCCGACGCACUUUGAAAAGGUGCAGAUGCUGCUCUCGGAUCGGUUCUUGGGCUAUUUUAUGGUCCCAGAAGAGGAAGGGUGGAAUUACAACUUUAUGGGCGUCAAGCACACCACGACCAUGAAGUACGACGUCAAGGUGGGCACCCCCAAGGAAUUUUACCACGAAGUGCACCGGAAGACGCACUUUUUCAACUUUAGCGCCAUGGACUCGGUCGAAGAAGGCCAAGAAGAGACGCAGCGCAACCUGUUGGCCUAGUUAGAGUACGAUUGCAAUAACAAUUAGUACGUAGUAUAACGUUAACGUAUGCGUACGAAUACUUGGAGA